GGUCCGCCAUACUGCAGUUCUAGCUGAGACUGUGGAAAUCUGUUGUGGUUCCUUGUGCUUUGCUGUGACCUGUUGCCGGGAGCUGUGAGGAGAGCUGUGCGAGCUCGCGACCGGCACCAUGUCAUGGACUAGCAUCUAUGUUAGAAGAUAACAGAGUAGCUGAAUUGUUGGCCAUGAGUUUCUCAAACCCAGCUGGAGGGUGAGCCAGAAGUAUGGCCUGGUACUGGGUCACACAGGCAUUAGACAGCCAGUAUUUGGUGCUUCUCUCAGGAUGGUUUCAGCCAUUUCAUGUGGUGCUGAUGCAGUGACUUUUAUGGAUGUGCAUGUGAACUUCUCUCAGGAAGAGUGGGCUUUGCUGGAUCCUUCUCAAAAGAGUCUCUACAAAGAUGUCAUGCUGGAAACCUACUGGAACCUUACUUUUAUAGGCUAUGAAUGGGAAGACCACAAUAGUGAAGAAUGUUGUCAAGGUUCUAGAAGUCAUGGAAGGUAUUUCAGCUGUCCUCAAUAUAGCACAUGUAAAGCAAAGGGCUAUGGGAAGAAGCAGUAUACUUCUCUCUUUCCCAGAACAAUUAGAAGAUGUGAUAUCAUCCCCACUGUGAGAAGACAAAGUGAAUGGGACACAAGUUUACAAGUAAUUGGUUUUCCAGCUUCAGUGGGAAUACAUCAAAAUACUGACGUUGGAGAAAAGCCUUAUGAGUACAAGGAAUGUGGAAAAUCUUCUCUCUGUCCUGGUUUACUUUGCAUAUGUACUAUAACUCACACUGUAGGAAAAUGUUAUGAAUACAAUCAGUGUGGGAAAGCACUCAGUUCUUCUUUUUCUCUUCAAAGAUGUAAAACAGCUCACCUGGCAAAAGGAAGUAAUGGAUGUGAGCCAAGUAGUAAAAACUUUAACCAUCAUAGGUAUCUUAAAAUACAGAGCACAACCUACAAUGAAAAGGAUCUCUAUGAUGGUAUUCAAUGUGAUAAAGCCUCUUUACAAUUACACCAAAAAACUAAUUCCAAAAUACCACCCUAUGAAUAUAAUGAAGGAGAUAAAGUCAUCACAUUUCACCGUCAUCAUCACAUAUGUAGAAUGAACACUAGAGACACAAAGUAUGAAUAUCACCAAUGUGGUAAACCCUUUGCAUGUCCUAGUUACCUUCAAAUACAUGAAAGAAUUCAUACUAGAAAGAAACCCUAUGAAUGUGAUCAGUGUGGUAAAUUUUUUGCAUAUAAAAGUCAUUUUCACAAGCAUCAAAGAACUCAUACUGGAGAGAAACCCUAUGAAUGUGGUCAAUGUGGUAAAGCCUUUUCAUGUAAUGGUAAUCUUCAAAUACAUGAAAGAAUUCAUACUGGCGAGCAACCCUAUAAAUGUAAUCAAUGUGGUAAAGCCUUUGCAUAUAGCAAUAGUCUUCACAAGCAUGAAAGAACUCACACUGGAGAGAAACCGUAUGAAUGUAAUCAUUGUGGUAAAGCCUUUACAUGUCACAGUACCCUGCAAAUACAUGAGAGAAUUCAUACUGGAGAGAAACCAUAUAAAUGCAGUCAAUGUGGUAAAACUUUUGCACGUAACAGCCAUGUUAAAAUGCAUGAAAGAAUUCAUACUGGAGAGAAACCCUAUAAAUGUAAUCAAUGUGGUAAAGCCUUUGCAUAUCAUAGUCAUCUUCAAAGGCAUGAAAGAACUCACACUGGAGAAAAACCUUAUGAAUGUGAUCAAUGUGGUAAAGCCUUUGCAUAUCGCAGUAGUCUUAGACUACAUGAAACAAGUCAUACUGGAGAGAAACCAUAUGAAUGUAAGCAAUGUGGUAAAACCUUUGCCUGUUCCAGCUAUCUUCAAAUACAUUUAAGAAUUCAUAGUGGAGAGAAACCCUUUCAAUGUAAGCAUUGUUGUAAAACCUUUUCAUAUCGCAGUAGUCUUCACAUGCAUGAAAAAAAUCAUAGUGGAGAGAAACCCUUUGAAUGUAAGGAAUGUGGUAUAUCUUUUGCAUAUCUUGGUACUCUUCAAAAGCAUGAAAGAAUACAUACUGACAAAAAAGAAAAUUUCCCAGAAGGCUAAUAAAUGAAGUAUACUAUUUCAAACUACAGUCAUUGUCUGCACUGAGCUCUCUCUCUGGUGCUUGAGUAACAGUACAGAUAUUAUAUCAUUAAAAUGUUGUCUCCUUUUCAAAUUGCCAACAUAUUGUCAUCUAAGAAUAAAGGAACCCACUGUCUCAUGACAAUUUAAAUAGUAAAAUCUUGGUGUAAAUGAAAAUGUUA